AAAUAGUCAUUCAUUUUGGAGGGAGGGAGUAACUUGUUUGCUGUGGCAGUGUAAUCUCUACUACCGGCAACCAAACCGUGUCUCUGUUUAUUUAUCUUGUCAGCACUGUUAAACUUCAAAUAAUGGCUCUGUAUCCAUUACCUUCCACCACAGUACUCAACAAACUCACUUCUUCUCUCCCUUUCACUUGCCGUUUUUUCCCCAAACCUCACUCUUUUUCCAUUACAACAACCUGUUAUUAUUCAACAUUAACCCAACAACAACAACACCUUUCUUAUGGCCCUUCACUCUACGAAGGCCACAAAAAUUCUUCGCAAAAUCUACACCCAACCUCCGAUACCUUCAAUGAAGAAAACUUCACUAGAGUCUUCCAUAUCACCGCCUUACGUGUCCCUUCAGAACACUCUUUCUCCUUCGAAAGCAAAUUACGUGGCCAUUUGUUAAAUUGGCCACGUAUUCGUAACAUUGCUAGGGUUCCUGGUGACGAUAUUGAUGACGAAUUAAAAGAAUUAAUUGGAAAUGAUAAUAAUCAUCCUAAUGAUGAAACCCUAGAACGAAGAAUUUAUGGAAAAGCUGAAUUAGAUGGGCAGAAAAUGUGUGGAGUGUUGUAUAGAGAUAAGGUUGUGAAGAGUUUUAAUUCGAUGGGGUAUGUGAAGUUUGAGAAUUUGGCUAAGAUAUCGCGACCGAAGAAGAAGAAGAAGAAAUGGAAGAGAGAGGAAAAAGAUGGAAAAAGAGGGUAUGGGAGAAGUGAUGUGUCGAAUGUGGAGGUGGUUGAUCAGGGGAAUGAUGACGACUACGAGGAUUUUAGUGGGUUAUUAGGAGAUGAUUUUAGGAGGAGAAGAGGGAAAUGGAGGGGGUCGACGAGGUUGUUGUUAUUGGAUGAGAGGUACGCGAACAAAGGGAUAGAGGAAAUGCCCCAGGCAAUUAAGGCAGUCCUCAAAGAACACAACGAGGAAAGUACAAGAUUAAGUUUUGAAAUUGUGAGAUGCAAGUUGACAUUAUUUUACAAUUAUUGGCAAAUGAAUGAGGUCUUAGAGGUCUUGCUUCCACAAGGUAUGAUUGUUCCUUCAGCUUUUGAGACAGUUGGGCAUAUUGCCCAUCUAAACUUGAGAGAUCAACAUCUCCCCUACAAGAAACUUAUUGCACAGGUAGUUCUGGACAAGAACAAGCCGAAGAUACAAACAGUUGUCAAUAAAAUUGAUGUCAUCCACAAUGACUACAGAACAAUGCAGCUUGAAGUUUUGGCAGGAAACCAUUCUCUUGUUACUACUGUAGUUGAAAAUGGACUCUAUUUUAAUGUUGAUUUAGCAGCAGUAUAUUGGAGUUCUAGGCUGGCAACUGAAAGACAGAGGCUUCUUAGUUGCUUCACCCACAAUGAUGUUGUCUGUGAUGUUUUUGCUGGGGUUGGUCCCAUUGCAAUAUCUGCUGCGAAGAAGGUCAAAUAUGUGUACGCUAAUGAUUUAAACCCUAUUGCUGUUGAAUAUCUGGAAAGAAACUCUGUCCGUAACAAACUUGAGAGGAGGAUUGAGAUUUUUAACAUGGAUGGGAGGAGGUUCAUUGACAGUAUUUUUGCCAGUGAAAAAACUAGGCCAAUUACUCAAGUAGUCAUGAAUUUGCCAAACGAUGCUGCAGAUUUUCUUGAUUCAUUUAGAGGUAUUUUCAGAAAUAAGCACACGGAUAAGCAAUUUACCUUGCCAAGGAUCCAUAUCUAUGGGUUUUCGAAAGCUGAGGAUCCUGAAUUCGACUUUCAUGAGAAAAUCAGGAUUGCACUGUCUGAGGUGGCUUUUGAGGUCCAGAUGCACAAGGUUCGCCUUGUUGCACCAGGAAAAUGGAUGCUGUGUGCAUCAUUUGUUCUACCUGAGACAGUGGCAUUUGCUAAAUAAACUCUGAGCAUUGCAGCACAAAUAGGAAAGCAGAAUUAGCUGAGAACGAGAAAAGUUUAUUUAUCUGUGUCAUUCAGAUAAUCUUUGAACACAAGUUUUGAUUCUUUGGGCUCUAUGAUGCAGACGUGGACCAUUUCGAAAUGGUUAUAACGGUGAAGAAGAAAGCUCUAGACAUCCAAAUUUCGUGAACGUAGGUUGUAGUACUCUAUGAUCUAAUUUUGGUUCCCUAAAUAUGUGGAACUUUGAGCUUUAUUUAAGCGUGUUGCAGUUAUGGAUGCACCAUGUCUUGUAGAGAAUGUAUAUACAACUGCAGCGUGUGGAAAUUGUAGCUCUACUGUGGACCAUAGCAGUAGUCAUCUCACUUGGUUAUGAAAAACUCAUUUUGAACGGCACACUUCUAGACUCCGAAAGUAUACCAAUACUUGGAAUAAAAACACUGCAAUAGCAUCCAGUUCUGGAGAUGACCUUCUAGACGUAUCCCACUUUCGUGGCUGAAUUUCUUUUGUUUUCUGUUUCUGUUACAAACACAAGUCCACGUUAGCAGCGUCUCUGUUCCUUUCUUAAGCAUGAAAGUGUUGUGCCUUCCAUGAAGUCAGUGUAAGAGGUGUGCAAAUGCUUUAUGUGGUGUCUGUCUUUAUCUAUUCAUAACAUUUGUUUGUUUGAA